AAGGUGUCCCUACCCAUGGCAGGGAGGUUGGAACUUGGUGAUCUUUGAGAUCUCUUCCAACCCAAACCAUUCUGUGAUUCUGUGAGCAAAUUUCCCACCAACCUUCAUUGCUGCUGCCCUUCACUUUGCUUUCCUCUCCUUCAAGAUUUUGUUGAUGUGAAUUGUUCAGAUGUUUAUUGAUUUAGGAAUACAUUCUUUUGUCAGCCACUAGGGAUGCAGAAGUUGUGAAACCUUAGAAGUCCCAAACGUGGGCACCCUCUAGGAAGUGUUAAAUGUCUAAAACUUAUAUAUUUACUUUAGCGUACAAUUCUCGUAGUUAAAAUUGGCUUUCCAGUUUGAAAUGAGCACCUGCUCUGUGAUGUUAACAUAUGUUUCUCUGGAAGAUAUCAAUGGGAAAGAAAAGCCUGGAAAACAGCCACAGAGAGUUGUGCCUGAUGGCUUCUGAAGCUGUUUUGUGACCAAUAGAGAUUAGACUUUAAUCAAUAAAUCUGUCUCUAUUUUGACUGCAAGAUGAAAAAAGUUUGCAGUGCCAAAGCUGAAAGGCACUUUUUUUUUUCCCCUCACUAUUCAACUUUUUUUUUUUCUCUUCAUGUUCAUUGAUGACAGAACAGGAGCUUUGUAGAGAUGCAAUACAUUUCAUAAAUUAGUUCCCAUCGGAGAUAUUGUUGACUCCUGGACAGCAAACUGGGCACACUGCAGGAAGUGCUUAAUAAACAUCACUGUGGCAGCAAGAAAAGAGUAAACACAGUUGCUGAAUUGUUUUGUUUCCGUCUGUGGAGGGAAAUGAGCCAAAAGAACUUCAGGUAGCAGUUAGGAUCUGGCUGGUAAGUACUGCUGAGAGACCACACUACUUGCCAGACUGCCAGGGAAAUAAGGAAAAAAAAAUAAUCUCAUGCAGUAUAUAUUGCUUUUUGGAUUGAAGUACAGUAUUCAGGCCAUACAUAUGGCAAACUAGCUUACUUUCUGGGGAUACAUUAUGGUCUCUCUGUGAAUUGCUCGGGCUUAUGGGUCAUCCCCUUGAUCUUCCCUCUCUGGGGAGAGAGGCCAAAAAUUUUUUUAAAGAAAUAUAUCCUACAAAGAUAAAGAAGCAAACUGUAGUAACUCCUCCUGGGAAAAGAUGGCCAUAAAUGCAGGAGUAGGGUGGCUGUACCCCAUGCCUGUGGUCAACACGAGGUGGCAGAAAGGCAAAGUUUUCUGCCCCUGAGGUUGUGAGAAGUGUAAAUCUGUGAAGAAUGUGGCUGCUUGUUUUGCCAGAGAUCACCCUAAAGAUGCAGCUGUUCCUUAACUGGAGGCAGUAAAACUGAUUGUUUUACUUUCCGAAUUGUCGCUGCAGAACCUAAGCAAAGGGAUUAAGGGAUGAAAUUAAUUCAGUGAUUGUUCUGUCCGGGGCAGAAUGAUGAAAGGGAGAGAAUCCCUGACUUAAAAGCUCUGGAAAUAGGGAAUGCAAAGAAUUGGGGAAGAGCGUGGCUUUUCUUUGUUAUGCAUGACACUUUUUGAACCCAAAUAUCUGAGUGCAGCACUUUAAUGCAAAAUAACAAACAGUUGUUCUGUAAUGAGAAGAAAAGGCAGACCACUGAAGUUACAUUUGAUUUCUGGAGUUUUGAUCUCUUGUCAGCUGUGUAUGGUUUUCAGAGUGCUGAUUUUAAGAUAUGUUGACCACUCAGUUGCUAAUGAAGCCAACUGGAUGCCAGAUACUUUGCAUUUCUUGUAGGGGUUUCUGAAUUCACAUUAUUUCCCAAUUUUGCUUUAGAGUUUAGAUUACAAGUCUGAGAUUUAACUUUACUACUAAUGGGAAUGAUUGAGGGGUUCAAAAAGAGGAAUAGCCUCAGAUCCACGGCUGGAGAAGCUGUCAGAACAGAGAAUUUCUUUGGAAAACAUGUUCAAGACUCUGUGUUCAACACACUAAAGCAGUUUAGAGUCGAGCCAGACUUCCCAAGCUUCAGAACCAAGACCAAACUCCUGGGCUCAGUCUGGAUCCAGGUGAUGUGAUGAGCCCACUGCAGGUGGGGACUGUGCAUCUGUAAUGCUUGGAUUUUUGGUUUCCUUCACAGCAGUGUUUGUGUGAUAUCAGGAACGCUCCCUUUGAUGAUAUGAGAAUUCCACAGACAGUGAGGUAUUAAGAAAAUAUAAGAAACAGUAAGUCCAAACCCACGAUUUCACAAGGAGUUCGUACUUGAGCCACAAAAAAAAGGAUGUCCUGUAAAAGGGAAAAGAAAAACAUUCAGGAUUUUUUUUUUUUAAACAGUAUAACUAAGCAUUUAUCAGAAAUAUAUGAUGUGCUUACUCAAAUAUGGAAUCAUAAUGCUCAGUGUCUGCUUUCCUCCCACUUCUUCCUGUUAGGAAAUGUGAACAGAUACCUUAUUCUGGGAACUUGGUUUGUCAUUUGCAUUAAUAUAAGCAGGACAAACUGUCCUUAAUUCUGACAUUAAUUUUGCAAGUCACCACGAUAUAAAUGGUAAGUGCUCUGCACCGAGUCUGUUACCAUAGAAAAGCAAAAUGCUGCCUAUUCCUGUGCUGUGGUGGUGCAUUCACACUCUCACAGACACAGCUCUGCUUAAUCUGCUUUCUGUGAUUUGCUGGUUGUUUGUCAGAAGUGAGUGCCUCCUAUGAGACUCUUAUUAAUGAGGUGUUUUUUUUUUUUCCUUGUGUUUCGUUCUCUGAUUAGGAGAAUAAAAAAAUUACAUGCCAGUUAAACCCACACUACCCAUUCCACUUGGCAUCUCUCCUCACUGCAGCUAAUUUACGGGCGAUGUGGAAGAGGUUACUGAGCGGGUGAUGGAGAAUUUAAAAAGGAGUGGAAGCAAUGGGUCAGACUGCAGCCUGGCCAAACAAACUGCUGGAUCUACCACGUUUCUGAGAACCAGGUGCUUCUGUUUUCACAGCAGAUGCUGCAGGGAUGUACAGCUGAAGAAAUAUUUAUGAUUUGCCAAAGUAUGAGGGGAACUCGGUGAGGACGUCAGGACUGGGAUGCCCCUGUCUCCUCUCUUCAGUGAUGCCUUGCUUCACGUGCAUCUUUUGUGUGCUAUGCUGUUGCUAAGCAGUAAAAACACUGAAAACAGGAAGUCAGCAAGGUGGAUUGGGUGAUCAGGUGCGUUUCUCUCUUGGAAGAGAUGGUCCUGGUCAUGAAACUUCUGUUCCUCACCUGCCUGUGGCCAACAGCAACGCUGCACAGCUCUCACAGUCAGCACCACCACCUUCAUCAUCGACAGCAAUUAGCUUCCUCAAGAAAGCACACCAGCAAACGAGAAAUUAAAAUGAGGAAACUUGACAGCACUAAAGUACGGCCACUUAAAUCUGAGCAGCUGCUUCACAUAGAGGACCAUGACUUUGCACUGAGACCUGGAUUUGGAGGGUCACCUAUACCUGUGGGCAUUGAUGUGCAGGUAGAAAGCAUUGACAGCAUAUCUGAAGUUGACAUGGACUUCACAAUGACUUUGUACCUCAGACAUUACUGGAAGGACGAGAGGCUUUCGUUUCGCAGUAACAAAAACAAGAGCAUGACCUUCGACGGGCGACUGAUCAAGAAGAUCUGGGUACCUGAUGUGUUUUUUGUGCACUCCAAAAGAUCUUUCAUCCACGAUACAACUGUGGAAAACAUCAUGCUCAGAGUGUACCCUGAUGGCAACGUUCUCUUCAGCCUGAGAAUAACAGUUUCUGCUAUGUGUUUCAUGGAUUUCAGUAGGUUUCCUCUGGACACUCAGAACUGUUCUUUAGAACUGGAAAGCUAUGCAUACAAUGAAGAUGAUCUGAUGUUGUACUGGAAACAUGGAAACAAGUCCCUGACCACAGAUGAGCAAAUCUCCCUCUCCCAGUUUUUCAUAGAAGAAUUCAGUGCUUCCAGUGGAUUAGCUUUUUACAGCAGUACUGGUUGGUACAAUCGACUUUUUAUCAACUUUGCCCUCCGGAGACACAUUUUCUUUUUUGUGCUGCAGUCCUAUUUCCCAGCCAUGCUGAUGGUGAUGCUGUCUUGGGUUUCAUUUUGGAUUGACAGAAGAGCUGUUCCUGCCAGGGUAUCACUAGGUAUAACUACAGUGCUGACAAUGUCAACCAUCAUGACAGGAGUAAGUGCCUCAAUGCCUCAAGUGUCUUACAUAAAGGCUGUGGAUGUGUAUUUGUGGAUCAGCUUCCUUUUUGUCUUCCUGUCCGUCAUUGAAUACGCAGCAGUGAACUAUCUCACCACGAUUGAAGAGAGAAAGCAACUCAAAAAAAGGGGCAAGGCCUCAGGAGUGUAUAUGGAUGCAGUGCAAGCCAUGGCUUUUGACGGCUGCUUUCAUGACACGGAUGACAUGGACCUGUCUGGUUUCUCAGACCCCUGUGAGGAGAAUGAGACUCGGACGAGCGAAACCAACAUCUCCAGUGAGGAACCAACUCGCUUGAAGAAAUCUCUGAAGGGAAACGUGGGCAGGAUUAUUUUACAGAACAAUCACGUCAUUGACACGUAUUCCAGGAUUAUAUUUCCCAGUGUAUAUAUUGUGUUCAACUUUCUUUACUGGGGUUUGUACAUAUGAGCAAAAAUCCUUGUAAGCGAGACAUUAUUUUGCGUGUGAGAGUAGAAUCGUACUUUGAAAAUAAUGCAACAGCAGUAGAGGAAAGGGUUAGAAGUUUUCAAAACAGGCUUCUGCCUCGAACCUGGGCUGGUUUGGUUAGCAGCAAAGCUGCUAAUGAAAAACUUUCACAUGUCUGGUUCUUUUUCAGCUGGACUGUGCAGUGCUUCACUGGGGCAAUCCCAUGCAUAAGUUCCUGCUGUAGUAGCAUAGAAGCAGUUUGGUCACUAAGGGAGCCCCUUGUCACACACUUGAGCAGACAGCAGCUCCCACCUGAGGUAUUAUCCUGUUUCUAUCUACAUUAAACCAUUCCUCUUCAAUCAACCUUUCUGUUCUCCACUUGUGGUCCAUUUUUGUAGGAAUUGGCACCAAUCACCUUCAGAUAUCUCCUAUCCUUGUUUCACUUGCUGCAACCUGGGCAACCUGUGUGCACCUCAGCAGCCUCUGUCCUCAGAUGGUAACCAGGGGAAAAAAUAUGGUUAAGCAGUGGAGUAGGGACCAGGAGAAAGCAAGAAGCAAGGCUGAUGGGGCUUUGUAGGUUGUACAUUGUCAACACCUCAAGAAAAACCCCCUCACCCUUGUCAGCUGUCCAUGACUACUCAUGGGACCUUUGGGU